GGGCGGGGGAUGCGCGGGGGUCCUCAGCGGCCAUUCCCGAGGCCGGGUCUGGGGCGGCCGGCUCCGAUGGCCGCUCUCCGCCCCCCGGCCCGCCCGGACGCUGCUGGGGAGCGGCGGGGCCGAGGGAAGGGCCCGGGGGCCCAGGGCCGCCCCGCCGCGCUGCCCCCACCGCCCGCGGCAAUCGCCGCGCAUGUGCGGAGGGGAGGGCGGGGUUGCCCUUGGCAGAACCGAGACGGGAAGGCUUUUGGUUUGGUUUGGUUUUUUUGUUUGUGUGUUUGUAUGGUUUUUGUUUGUUUUCCCCCUCUCUUUGUAAAGAAGAAGUAUGUGAUCUUCCCACUCUACUCGGCCCUGGCGAGGCCACAUCUGGAGUGCUGUGUCGAGUUCUGGGCUCCUCAGUACGGGAAAGAUGAGCUGCUGGAGAGGGUCCAGCGCAAGGCCACGAGGAUGAUUACGGGACUGAAACAUCUCUCUUAUGAGAAGAGAGUGCGGACGGGUCCAGGAAGGCUGAUCCCUGCAAUUCAUUUGGCUUACUUUCUGCCCAAACUGUUGGGCCUUUUGGGAAAAGCACCUAAACCAGGCAAGCAUCUUUGCACUGAAUGCAAACAUGAAGGACGGCUGGGAGCUUGAUGUGUUUUCAGUCAAAUCUGAGAAGUUGUUUUGAUUAAUUGAAGGGAAUGCAGUGCCUGGUUUGAAGGGCUUUGCUUGUUUAUAGAUAACAACCAGGAAAACGUUGGUCUCUUCAGCUGUUACAGCAGUGCUUUAACAACAACUGCAAGCAAAAGAAGUCACUUCAAAAACUAUGGAAAAAACUAAUUAGCAUUAUUGGGUCUGAACUUUAAUUGCAUUCCCAUUUUCAGUUUAUCAGUGAUUUUAAAUUAAUAAGUUUUGGGUGGGAAUUUCAGCAGUGUUUUGUGACCUAA